AUGGAAAAAGAGCAACUCGAGUACAAACUCAAACGGACAAGACAGGCAUGUGCCAAUUGCAGGCGUAAAAAGGUCCGCUGCUCUGGCGACCGUCCGACAUGCACAUACUGCACACGCCUCAAGCAGACAUGCUCCUAUGAAGAAGCACUCAAAGACGAGGGGCAAAGUGACUCUGACAGGGCCCUCCGCCCACUCAUGCCAGCAGGAACUAACAAGGAGGAAGCUCUAUCUUCACUUUCUCUCGAGUCCCGAAUAACCUCGCUCGAAACGAGUGUGCAAAGGCAAGACUUUCUCAUAAGUCUUCUCACCAAUGAGCGUGGCAUGGCUGGCGCAAAUAACCCCCAUCUGAGUCGCAAAGACAAUAUUGCCGGAGAUGCCAAGUGGUUGGCUGUCACGUCCGACAUGACGCUUUCUGCUGCGGCAGACCUAUACUUCCAGUAUUGCCAUAACCAACCAUACUCCCUCUUCCACGAGGAAACCUUUAGCCAUCGCUUGGCUGCUCAGAAGCUUCCGGACUACCUUUGCCUCGCCUUAUUGGCCACAGCGAGCCGAUUUUCUCAUUCCACUAGACCAUUGCUGCUCUGUGCAGACCAGGCUUGGGAGCUUGCCAUCAAGCGCUCGACAGCCAACAUUGACUCUGCGGAGAGUCUAACGAUUGCCCAAACGAUUCACCUUCUUUGCGUCAUUGACUACUCUGAUGGCCGAUGUCGCGCUGCAUGGAUUAAGCUUGGGUUGGCUGUUCGUAUAGCGCAGUGCUACCGAUUCAACACUGAGCCCGACCCGCGUCUUCGUCCUGAAGUUCAAGAGGAAUACAGGCGCACGUUCUGGUCUAUCUACCUACUUGACAGGCUCAUGUCCUGCGGGCGAGAAAGACCGACGGCGCUUCAAGACAAGGAUUGCCUAUUACGUCUUCCGUCCAACGAACAAGCUUUCCGAGACUGCAUUGCCAAUCGGGGUCCAGUACUUGAACAGCUCACUGGAGACGCGCCAGCAGUUACCGAGCUACCCGAACACAGUCACUUUUCUGUAAUCAUCUUGAUGGCAGCGACACUAAUCCGUGUGGUGAAUUACGUGCUGCGAGAGGACUCACAAGUUCACGACGAUGUUCCCUGGUCUGCUGCUUCACAGUACUCAGCGCUCGAGUCAACUCUGUGGCGACUAGAGCUCAACUACGGACUACUAGAUCCAUUAAAUGCCGUGUGGGAGCAGUCGCUCACUUCAGGUGGCGUGGUAGACCCACGAGCCGCGGGGCCUCUGAUAUAUGGCCGCGCCUUGUUCCAUCUCGCGGGCUGUCUGCUUCACCAUCCUUUCCUCCUACAGCAUCGACUAGCAGAGUCGGCUAGCAGGACACCUCCAGGGUUUUUGAGCAAAGCCUGGACGUCAGCCAGAAGCCAUGCUACUGCACUCACAUUGUUGCAGGAGACGGAAAACCUUGGAUGCGUCACAGUUUCUUGCUUCAGAGGGUAUUGCGCCAUGGUUGCCGGCUCGAUUCACCUUCUUUUUGCGUCUGACAGCAACGACGAGAUACGCGAGGCGUCGGUUCGACGAUACGAGGAGUGCAGAGGCCUACUGCUAAAGCUGUGCCGUUACUGGGAGAGUUCGAGGCUAAUGUUCAUGAAGCUUGAGCGUCUGUAUGAAGACAGAGGCCGAUAUCGUCAGUUUUUUGAGUAUACACUAGCUAUGGGCGAAAAGACCAAACUCGCAGCGUUUUGGGAUAGUAUUGACAACUGGGUCCCAUCGAGCCGGUCUCCAAGCCCCGAGCAUGGCCCUCCUGAGCCAGUACAGCCCAUUCAUUUCCCAACGUCUAUGGACUUUUUCGAUCUCGCGCCAGCGGAUCCCUGGGGAAACGGAAACUCAAUCUUCGGAAUGGACUUUGCGAAUGGCAACAAUUUCAUGUGA